UUUUAAUUUUAAAUGUGUUUGGAAGAAGUUUAGGAUGACAAGGGAUUGGAGAAAUUUUUGAAAAUGGCUACUAAAUAGUAAGUCAAUUCAUUAAGUCUAGUUAUGAGACAAAAUAUGGGACCCCUUAAAAAAAUUUGAGGGAAAAGGCGAUGACUUUGUGGUUGGAUUUACCAUCAUUUAAAGACAAAAUGAUAGUUAUGGAGUUUAUGUAAAGGAAAAUCAACAGGAUUGAAUCCUCGUAGACAAAAAUCACUUAGUUUUUUAAAUCUCACUCCAAACCAUCAGCAACCAAAAUUUAGAAAUAGUUUGAUUUAGGGGAUGAUUAAGAUAUAACAGGUCCAUUGAUAGGUGACAACACCCCAUUGAAAAGAGACAGAUCUCCAUACAGCAAAUUUUAUGAAGAAACUUAUUGGAAACUCAAAUUAGAGUACGAAUUUCUGAAUUAGAAAGAGAUAAGAUAAAUGGUUAAAAAAUAAUGGGAAAGUAAUAGAAAGAUAAUAUAAAAUAUAUGA